AUGAUCAGUUGUCGCAGCUCAGAUACAGCCGGCCUGGGGAAAGCCGCAGAGAUUGCUCGGACCAAGAACGAGCAAGUGAACGGCUUCAAUGGCACACACAAACCUUAUAAGAGAGCAAAGCCGCGGACUGAGAAUGACGGGCUUUUCACGUACCUGUGCAUGCAGCUAUGCGAGCACCAGAUCGGUAUGUUGGACUCGAGACUAGACAGGAACAACGAACAAUCGUCUAAUCUUUUGCGCACAGGCAUAGCGGUAAACCUCAUCUCCCUCUUGUUCCUCACGCACGUCUUCUUCCCUCGAGCGCGGCGGUAUACACAAAAAUUCUAUCAGCUCUCAUACUACAACUCCGAAAGCGAAAAAUAUGGCUGCGGCACCGACGACCUCGCAUAUGUGACACUGUGGCUCGUCCUAUUUGUAGGGUUACGGGUGACCGUUAUGGACUAUAUCCUGGCUCCUUUAGCUAGGCGAGGAGGUAUUAGGACGAAAAAGGGCCUUGUCAGAUUUCAGGAACAGGCCUGGCUGGUCUGCUACUGCAUCUGCUCCUGGUCAUUAGGCAUGUACAUUCUCUGGAAUUCAGAGUACUUCUUCAACUUGCAUGGUAUGUGGAAAGGCUGGCCGUUUCGCGAGAUCUGCGGUUUGUCGAAGUUCUACUAUCUCGCUCAAUGGGCUUUCUGGAUCGCACAAAUCCUGGUUGUGAACAUCGAGGAGAAGCGCAAAGACUAUGCAGAGAUGUUUACCCACCACAUCUUCACCAUCGCGCUUCUGUUCCUCUCGUAUGGGUACUACCAUACGCGGGUCGGCAUUGUCAUUCUAUGCAUUAUGGACUUGGUCGAUAUAGUACUGCCGACUGCCAAGCUACUGAAGUACUUGGGCUACGCCAAAACCUGUGACAUCUUCUUCGGCCUUUUCGUCGUUGUCUGGCUCGUCACCCGCCAAACCUUCUUCCCAAUGGUCAUAUACUCCGUAUACAAGCAUUCCCCCAUCGACAUGGAGCCUGGCUGCUACUUCGCCGAUGGCACUAUGGUGCCCGCCAACGACUCGGCGCGUUACGAUACGCUCGGUGGCAAUGUUGUCUGGCCUAACCUUGUUAAGGCAUAUACUGAUCGCGAAGGGCCCGUCUGCUGGAAUCCCACAAUCCGCUUCAACUUCCUCGCCCUCUUGUUGUGCCUGCAAGCGAUCAUUUUCCUUUGGUUCUGCAUGAUCGUGAAGGUCGUCGUGAAUGUUAUCCGGGGCAACGCCGCAGAUGACGUUCGUUCCGAUGACGAGGGCGAUGAUGAGGAGAUUGAGGAUGUCAUAAGCGGAUACGAAGCACAACAUGUGUCGGCCGCGCCGUUGGAGCAGGAAGUCGGCGUCGAGUCGCUCAACUUCACGACCAGGAAAGGUGCGAAUGCUAACGGCGCCGCCGCCGUACGGAGAAGCAAGACUCAACGAUCAACCAGAUCAAGCGGGAUCAGCAUUCCGGGUCAUGGUGACCACAAGGAGCUGCUGGGGCGCAUUGGCUGCGAUAAGCCGAGCUGA